AUGGCUGUAAUCGUCAGCGUCGUCCUCGGCGCUCUUCUUUUACUAGUGGUUAGACAUUAUUUCAUUUGCACCAUUUCACCAAUCGCCCGUAUUCCUGGACCUUGGCACACAAAGUUCGCCGGCACCACCGUCCUGUACCAUAGUGUCGUAGGUUCUCGGUGCGAAUACAUUCACGCACUGCACCAGAAAUAUGGUGGUACGGUCAGGCUUGGACCAAAUGAAGUUAGCUGCACCGAUCUGGACGUUGUCCAAACCAUAUACAGUCUGAAAGAAGACUUUCUAAAGACAGACUGGUAUGCCAACUUUGUGUUUGCCAAGGAUGUUGGUCUCUUCACCACUUCAGACAAAGACUUUCAUCGUCAACGACGCCGUCUCUUGGCUCGUGGACUCACCGAGUCGUCACUCACAAAGGUCUACCAUGUGACUACUGAGCGAAUUGAUGUUGCCAUGCAGCAAAUGAGGAGCGACUCAACUCGUAGCGGUUGCGUCGACGUGCACAAGUGGUUCUAUCUUCUAGCUACAGACGUGAUUGGCGAAUUGACGUUUGGUAAAUCGUAUCGAAUGCUUGAAAAAGGAGUCAAGAGCCAAUAUAUCAAAGAUUUGGGCGAUUCUGCAACACUUGGUGCAUUCAAGGCAUUCAUGCCUGUUGUUGCCUCUGUUCUCAUGCUGUUGCCAUGGCCUCUGAACAGGUUUUCCAAGAUGCGCCAAAACUUGGAUGAGUAUGCUGACGAGUCGCUCAAGAGGUUCAUGAGCGGCGCCUCUGGCAAUGACAAACCUGAACACUCGCUCUUUGGUGAUAUGUUUGACGCGUUUGACAAGGGCCAAGUCACGUUUCACGACAUUCAAAUUGAGGCCCAGUCGAAUAUCCUGGCCGGCACGGACACCACUGCAAACACGCUCACCUAUCUCAUAUGGAACGUGUGUCGAGAUGCCUCUAUUCGGUCGAGGCUGGUGGAGGAGCUUCAAACACUCCCUGACUCAUAUGAAGACAGUCAUCUCAAGGAGCUCAACUAUCUAGACUGCGUGUUGCAAGAGACAUUGCGAUUGUGGACGGCGGCGCCAUCGUCUCUGCCACGAUGUGUCCCGAAGGGAGGUCUGCAGGCAGGGAGACACUAUAUCCCCGAAGGAGUUACCGUUUCUACACAGGCUUAUACGCUGCAUCGAAACGGCGCUGUUUUCCCUCGACCAGCAGUAUUUGAUCCAUCUCGAUGGGAGCAUACCACAGACGAAAUGAAGCGCUCUAUGAUGCCAUUCGGAAGGGGCCCCCGCAUUUGUAUAGGAAUGCAGCUGGCAAUGCAGGAGAUGCGUCGGACUGCGGCUCGAUUCUUUCUAGAAUUCCCAGAUGCGACGGCGUCAACCAAGAUGGGGAUGACGGAACGUGAUAUGGUUCCCAUGAAUCAUUUCCUGUUGUAUCCUUCGGGUCAUCGAUGUAUUGUUGAUGUUAACUAA